CAUUGCCAUUUACCAACUCAUGAUGGCAACCGAAGAAAUUCCAUUGAGAGCUUGAGAGAUCAUAAUACUGCACUGUCGACUAGCUAGACCCGUGCAAUGGAGAGGGCACCGGCUCUGUGUCUUCUGACCACCUUGUUGGCAUUAUAUUUCUUGGUUCCCUCCAGUGCUGUACCUCUCUCAAGAGUGCAAAGGAUGUCCAUGCAAGAGGAUGAUCAGAUACCAUCGGUUGAAAGCAGCACUCUAGAGCCAAAGAUAAAAAUGGAGAGGUUUGUGCAAGAGGAUGAUGAAUCCAUGGUCACCGCAAGGAUGGCCUUCGAGACACAGGACUACUCUCCCCCGGGGCCCAACAACCACCACAAACCACCGGGCUGGAGGUGAACGAGGAUCACUUUGAUGGAUGUCGUGCUCUUGGCUGAAGGCAUGAUGCUCACAAACCUCGGAGAGCCAGCAUUGCAAUGUUUCUUCUCCUAGCUAUACUAGAAUCAUGUCACGAAGAACAAACAAAUUAAAUGAUAUGUUUCGUAUGGUUAAUUAUUGUUACAAUUACUACUACAAAUGGCCAUGUGGUUACACCGUGUGAUAUGUAAGUUUCUUUAAAAGAUUGAGCUUAAAAAGAAUUAUCACUACUAGAGAA